AUGGCAAACACGUGUAGAUCCUACAGUUGGAACUAUGUAAAUGUAGAGAUUAAUCAGACAAAGUCCAGCUAUAAGGAUGCAUGUGGUAACGAAAUAAAGGUAUAUAACUUAGAUGGUGACAAAUUCCCGGGAUAUAGACUAUACGUUCAUAAAAUUCCUCAAGGACAAUUCUGGCUCGGUGGAAUAUAUCACAGGGAUAAACAGCAGACUGGAUUCGGCUACAUACAUAAAUAUCAUACGGACGUUAAAACUUACUAUGUGGAUUAUGACUACGGAUACCUUGUCCCGCUGCUUCUCGGACUCAAGAGAUUUGAUCACGACUAUUAUGAACGAGAAAACUAUAUCACAGGUUCCGGAAACUGGAAGAAGUGCAAUAUUAUAGAUGACAAUACUCGCGUCAAAAACAAGUUGAAUGAUUUAAGUAAGAACUUAAAAGAGUUUAUUGUAGUCAAAACGGAUGCCUCUGGAAAGACCUACUAUGCCAAUGGUAAGACUAGUUCAGCUCCAAAAGUCAAUGGAGAGAUAAGCAUAACUGUCUCAUCAUCUGUAUACGAUGGAGCAUAUAAGCUUUAUAAACAUGUUAGAAAGGACAAUGACACAAUUAGAGUUCUCUCAGCCAUGCAUUCAGAUGUUAAUGUCCCGUUUGAUUAUCCAGUAUAUGGAACUAAGUGCAGUGAGGUUUUGGUAUAUUACUGGGAGGGCGACAGUAGUCAUACUAAUCCCCUUUUACUGGAGCUUAAGCAAACGCUAAAUACUUCACAAUCCUACUAUAGACUUUCUUCUGGAGGAACAGAUAAAAAAUGGACACCUGCUGGUGUAAUAAAUGCUGGUAAUCUUAAGGAUAACUUAGAUAAGCUAAACUGUGAAAAGAAUAAGGCGCAUGUUAUGGAUAUUUCAAAGGCUGAAUCUACUACUUACAAUUGUUCUGGCUGUGGGAAUACCCGUAUCACUGUUGUAGAUUCUAAAAUUACAGCUGAAGACUACAUAAAAACUACUCACAAGAUAGAGAAUGGCGAUAUGAUUGGCAAGUUGGCAUCUAAUGGCUAUGGACAGGAUGGAAUAAAUUAUACAAAGGAUAGAAAUACCGUGACAGUGUUUAGAUAUCCUUUAUCCGGAGAACCUAUCCUACUUUACUACUCCGGUACUUGGUACAAGAAGGCUAUAAAAACCAACCAGUGGAAGGAAAUUACGAACCAAAAAGUCCCAGCCGAUGAUAAUUCAACAUUUGAUAUCAAGAAGAUCCUUCUAGACGUAUAUGCACCCUGGGUUACAAUAAAUUUGGAUAAAACACAAUAUAAGGAAAAGUAUUAUGAAGAAGAUUUAGAGAUUACAGUCGAAGAAGGAGAUGACCAGAACGAGUAUAGAAAACUUACACAUGUUAGAAGGGGAGGAGUUUUUAGGGUAAAAGCCAUUGUUCACCAUGGAAGCCCCUUGAUUGGUAUAGAAUCGAAUGAGCCUCUGGGAAGCGUAUCCGCAUACUAUUAUCUCCUAGAUGGUAAAAAGGAAGGCCCACUUGCCAUAGAGCUCAGCUUGAAAACAAGUAGCGGAUACAAAUAUGACUACUACAUCGAGGACCCGCAUAGUGGAGAAUGGAUCCCUUUCUCCUGGGACGGAAAAAGAGAAGGUGCUCAAAUGGGAUACUACGAAAUUACAAAGCAAUUAAAAGAUGCCAAAGAAAUACACAUCACGAGAAAGAAAGGGAGUGGACCACCUCCCGGAGCCAUAGCAGCCGCUCUAACCCUUGCAGUAGGAGUUGUAUGCGUUGCCGUAUACUACAGAUAUUCAUUGCGAAAUAUGGGCUCCUUGAUUAUAACCAAAGCCGUACAUACCAUAAACAGAAUCCAUUAG